AUGCCAAUAUUCCGCCCUGCUGUUGUCACGCUACAGCCCGAGAACGCCCAAGACAUUGAAGCGUUUGUGGACACUGAACUGGAACGCUGUCUGACAACCCGUAAGCUGGUUCUCGGGGACCCCGCUCUUAUAUUCGACAUACGGGACGCUCUAAUGAAGGGCUCGCAAGGCAUGUUUCUUUGGGCGACGCUACAAAUUGAGUCAUUAUGCUCGAUGAAGACUGAUAAAGAGAUUCGCGAAGCACUUCUUGAUUUACCUCGCAAUCUUACGCAGGUCUAUAAUCAAAUACUGAACCAGCUGCAGCAACCUGGUCGAACUUAUCAAACAGAGAUAUUCAAAAUCAUCACAUCUACGAUGCGACCGCUUACAAUGGAAGAAAUGCAGGAGGCCCUGAGUGUCACACUUGGCGAUACAACCUGGGACCCCUCGAAGCUUCUGAACAGCGUGGAUUCGGCUUUGGCAACUUGCGGCUGUCUCAUUACCGUGGACGAAGAAGACGGCACGAUACGUACAGUACACCCGAGCGUCAACCAGUACCUCAUACAAAAAGAUCGAGAGGGCCACAAUGGCGGGGUUUGUCUCGACCCCGAAGAGGCCCGAACGUUCACGGCAUCGAUAAUGGUAACCUACCUUGGCUAUGGCCUUUUUGGUACGGAGCUAUCGAGCCCCCUUCCCGCAAUGCAGUUGGGAUCAGCGCCUUCUCAUAUUAUCAGCUCAACACUAGACAACUCCAAGUCCGUCCAGAGUGUCGCCCUGAGGUUUUUGAGGUCCAUGAAAGAGUCGCAAUUUGACGCAACAAAGGUUCUUGCCGAGAAUCUCACGUUGCAGUCCAAAGUCAGCGCUCAUCGAUUUCCCUUCCAGUACUUGGCGAAGCAAUCUAUACUGAUGUAUCUAUAUUUACUCCCGAUGCUACUCUGCAGUACCUCAGAAAACUUCUUUCGGGUCCUCAAGCAAGGGACAGUACGCCUCAAAACCCCGGCCGGGAUAGUCGGGAUAACCUGGGUUGCGCUCCAACCCCCUGGGAAUACUGACAUAACCGAUCUUCUCAACAACCUGAGCCUUGAGGGGGACUGGAGCGGUAAACUGGCAAUCGACAUGUACCGCUUGCUUCCCAAUGUGCUCCUCCGGGCGAUCCACCUUGGUCACGAAGAAUCGAUCAAGUACCUAUUAAACAUGUACCGCCCCCUCUUUCAGGACUACCCCGCCGCAGUAGAAGGGAUUCAAGGCAACGUUCCCAAGUCCGCGGACUGCACUUUCGACGUUGUCACUUCCGAAGAGAAGGGGGGUCCCGACCAGGCGACUGGAUACGUCGCCUGGGUCGUUGUCUACCCCGGCCCCUCUGCCCCGUCCUUCGGCCGCCAAUGGAAGCCUGUUCUGCGGACAUACCGAAAGAUCAACUUGCAAGCCGCGUACGAGAAGCUCAUCUACACUCUGCGUAACCAGAUGGCCGAUGUGAUGCGUCAAAUCGAUCAGACUGCCGUCGCGACCGAGAAGUACGAACAAGGCGAUGAGUAA